AUAGGAAUAAAUUUUCUGGAUUGGUGUUUCCUUUAUUAAGUCUCACGGCCACAGUCAUUCCAUUCUUUGAUCUUAGCGAGGAAGGUUGGAAACCAGUCGUUAAUCAUGAAGAACUCGGUGCAGUUGUUGUUCACUCUCAUCAUCAUAUCUGUAGUGUGCUCUGUUUUCGCUACACACUGCUAUCGGUGCAUCUCAUCUGGAAAAAAAGGAAAUUGCUGGCAGAAGAGGCAGGACACUAGCAGAAACAGUACCUGUUCAUCUGACUGGUGCCUCAUCACAAUUCAGAAACCAGUGUCUGGUGGAAACACUGAUGCUGUUUUAACUGGAAGGGGUUGUGCAACCCGUGCUGAUAUCGAAGCAGCAAAAGCGGGUUGUUCUUCAGCGCCUAUGAAAGAUGGAAAGACAGAGGUGAAAUGCUUGUGUAAAGGUGAUUAUUGCAACAACGGUGAAAUCACAGUCUUCAGUGGUGGAAACGAUGCAAACAAAUUCGUCAAAACUUGAAAACCAAGCUUGGUCUUUACAAAUGUUUAAUAUAAUCGAGCAAUCUGGUUAUGAUAUUAUAUAUUUUACGAUAAAUACAGUCUUAUAAAAAGCAA